AUGUCUGCAAAUAACGAUAAUAUUCCAGCCAAAGACUUCGUUCCUUUGAUAAGAGAAAUAAUAAAAGUGGCUGAUGAAAUUAUAGAAUUUUAUCAAAAUGUAAAGUAUAAUAGACGAAUUUGUGGAUUCCUAAUAAUUAAAAUACAAGUAGCUCGUGCAUCAAUAAGCAAUCUAGAAAUUUGUGCGAACGAAUUUCCUGAAUCCACUGAUUUUUUUACUCCAGACAAUAGUACAAAUUUACGAAAUUUUAAAUUUGUUAUGAGAAAAAUUGAAGAAUUCAUCAGAAAACUUCAAGAUAUUCAAAGUUACCGAUUAUUUUUUGAUCCAAAUUCUAUUAAAAAUGAAUUUUUUGGCCUUAGUAAAGAAUUAGAUAAUUCUAUGGAAUUAUUAAAAUUUUUAAUAACUAUCGAGAUAAAACAACCAACGGCAAAAAAUAUUGACUUGAUAGAUAAAGAUAUUGACGAGAUGAAACAG